AUGAAGAUAACAGGGGCCAUUCUGCUCUUCGCUCUGGCACUUUGCUGCUUCUACUCAGAUGCUGCUGGCCAGGCUGGUACGGGUUUCUGCAGUGAGUACGAGGAGCCUCCAGAAAUAUGCCCCACGGAAUACAACCCUGUUUGUGGCACUGAUGGGGAAACAUACAGCAACAAAUGCUUCUUUUGCGCAGCAGUCUAUGAAAACCUUGGAAGUCUUUGCUUUGCGCACUAUGGAGAAUGCGAGUCACAUGAGAAGGCCAAACAAAAAGAUGCUGUCGGCUAUGGCUAUAAUGGUCAGGGGUUCUGCAGUGAGUACCAGAGUCCUCCAACUUUCUGCACCUUGGACUAUCACCCAAUCUGUGGCACUGAUGGCAACACAUACGGCAACAAAUGUGUCUUUUGUAGAGCAGUCUUGAUUGCCGCCCUGAAUUCUGUGUCUCUGACUUUCUCCCUAGUGAAAACCUUGGAAGUCUUUGCUUUGCAUAUGAUGGAGAAUGCUGAAUCCCUGGGGAUCCCGAGCGCUGAUAUGGAGCUGAACCCCAUUUGCUUCUAG